AUGUCUCAGCCUGCAAAGGCCCCUGCAGCCCCAACCACUGCUGCCCCGCAAGCCACAGAGGGGAAGGAAAAAGGGGCUCCUGCCUCAGUGCCUGCUCCUGGGCCCACUCCAGCUCUGGUUCCUGCCUCUGUUCCCAUCCCCAGCUCCAAGGUUGGGGACCUGCCCAUGGGAGGCUUCAGGCUGGUGGUCUUUGAUCAGGAAAACUUCCAGGGCCGUCGGGUGGAAUUCUCUGGGGAGUGCAUGAAUCUGGGAGACCGUGGCUUCGACCGAGUUCGCAGCAUCAUUGUGAUCUCAGGACCAUGGGUGGCCUUUGAGCAGUCCAACUUCCGAGGAGAGAUGUUCAUCUUGGAGAAGGGAGAGUAUCCUCGAUGGGACACCUGGUCCUGCAGCUACCGUAGCGACUGCCUCAUGUCCUUCCGGCCCAUCAGGAUGGUGAGCGCUGGGUGCCCGGGAAUCUAA